AUGGACAGCUCCCGUGGUCAAUAUCUUACUCAGAUCAGCGACCUCAUUAGAGAGAUGAUUGGUUUGAAAGUCAGGAUAGAGAAGGAGACAGACCAGAACCUGAGGGACUCCCUCCUCAAUAGUGUCAACCACAGCCUGGAGGAAUUACGUCGUCUGAGCGCUGACCGUGGCGCAGUUUCCUUCCUGGCUAAACUCACUGGAGUUGAAACUGGAACGUUGGGGCAGCAGGAUAUAUUCCUGUGGCAUCAAUGGAUCAGUGAAUUUCGUGUUGAAUACGAGACGCUUUCCAAGGAGUCAGAAGCAGUGGAGAAUAAGAGACGUUUUUUGGCCAACUGUCGUGCAAUCGAGGAAGAGGUGAACAAAAACUGGACUAAAUGGGUCCCCGUGGCAACUAUUGGUGUGCCUUCGACCGAGAAAUACGCGUAUAGUCAUGGCAUUGGCGACGAAACAUCACACUUGAUGAUCGAAGAGCCCCACCACCGCAGACACCACCGCCGCGGCCCCGGGAUGUCCAUUCCAGGAUUUCAACCAGUGCCAAGUCACUUCGUCCAUCCUGAUCAAGCUAUGUCACCUUUUGUGGCGGGCUCCGACAACAGGAGUGUCGCAUCCAGUGUCCCGACCCUUCCACCUGGACAUUUGGGUUAUCCAGCGCCAAAUGUGCUAGGCAGGUCGGAUGGCCCUCAUGGACCGAGUCAUGCUCAAGCAACCACGUCGGCGUCUGGAAACAGACCCAUUGAUCGACGGAUUCUCUCGCCCGAUAGAUUCCAGGAUAUGUUGACAAGCAUGUACGGCCCACCACCAGGGCAAGGUAUUUCUGGCCCACCACAAGCCGCGCACUUUCCUGCAGGGGUUCCUGUCUCACAGCAAGGCCACUAUCCACAACUAUCCCAAGUUCCAACUAUUCCCAUCAGCAGUACUAUCAGGCCCAGCAGCACGGCCUGCCCCCGCCCCCACCGGCGCAUCAAUUUGGGGGCCAAUAUCCUUGGACAACAAGCCAAUACGGAUAUGGCGGUCAACCUUCCCAUCAACCUGGCCCGUCGAGUCAGCCUUACUAUCCAAAUUACCCGACGUACGAGUUCGGAGGCUCGAUCUAUAGCCACUCUUCCACAGGCGAGGGAGAAUAUGAGGAUGAAUCGCAAUAGACCGACGUGCAACCACGAGUAG